CAAACCGCAGUGAAUGCUAUUUUAGCGUUGAAUUGUUCGCCAAUGAGAGCAAAACAAUUUCUGUUCCCAUCUUCGACUGUUUGGCAAUCUGUGGCCCAGUGUCGUGUACAUUCGUGUAGGUGUUGGAGCUAGUGACAUACAUACUGAUAUAUACUGUAGAUACAUUGAAAUCGAACGAAUUUCAAAACAACUACCAGAAAACAUUAUCAUUACUUCUAUAUAGAAUGGAAGUAAUCGAACUUGUCUCGGAUGAAGAAAUUGCAGAUGAUAGUAUAAAGGAAAGUAAGAGUUCUAAAAGUUAUAAUAGCAACUGUAUAAAUUUUCAAUGUUCAUCUGGGAUAGACAUGAAAACAGCUCCAUCGUUUGCAUGUGCUUACUAUGGUGUGAACACAGAAAAGAAGAAAAUACGUAUGAUAUGUAAAAAGUGUUUUAAUGCAGCACUAGAUCACCAAAAGCAAUUAGUUGCAGCUCUAGUCGAUCAUAAACCACUGCUAAAAUGUGAAUUUCCGGAUCAUACAAUGGAAGUAGAAAUAUCUGAUAGUGAUGAAUCAGAUGAUGAAAGAAGGAGAGAUAUAAGUGAUGAAGAUAAAUAUCUACCAGAGGAACUACUUGAGAGUGUUGAGGACAUGUUAGAGAGUACUCUAAAAAAUAUUAUUACAAAAUAUGAUAUUGAUUAUCAAAUCAAGGAAUCUCAUGAUAUACUAAAAAUGCAGUGGGAUAAAAUAGAUGAAGAGAAUGACAUUUUGGACAAAACAGUCAGUAAUUUAAUGAAUACCAUGGACACAUUACGUAAUGAUUUAUACAAUGAAUUCAGGCCACAAAUUCAAAUGUUACAAGAGCUUCAAAUAGAUGAUGGAAUUUCUGACAGUGCUUUGUAUCCAUUGGUGGCAACAAAGAAAGUUACACAAGUAAAAGUGUCAGCUGCAUUAUUACAAGAUAAUCAACCAGAGAUAUUACCUAUUGAUCAAGACAAUAGACAAGUUGUAGCUUUGGAUUUACCUCCCCCUGGUCCUCUUGUGAGGCCAGUACCAGAGGUGGAUAGUAUUGUGUAUGUUAUGAAGCAUCCGCUUAUGCCAUGGAGUAGAGCAAAGGUGCAAUUCGUAGUUGCAAAAAGUCCACUACACUGUCGUGUGAAAUUACUGCAAAAAAAGUACAAUUCGAUUGUAAAAUCUGUUUUUGGCAAACAAGUUGCACCUGCUGUAAUUAGUCAAGUAAUAAUUCCAGUUGGUACUAGAGUAGUUGCAGUCUUUCGAGAUGUUACAUCUAGUAACUUUUACAGUGGUGUGAUAGCUGAAACACCAAAAGCUACAAACAAAUACAGGUAUUUGAUAUUCUUUGAUGAUGGAUAUGCACAGUAUGUUGAGCACAGGCAUAUUUAUUUGGUUGCUGAAUCUUCUCUCAAGGUAUGGGAAGAUAUACCUCACGAAUCUCGAGAUUUUGUGAAGAAAUACAUCGAAACAUAUCCUGAAAGGCCAAUGGUAAAAUUACAAACAGGACAAGUAGUGAAAACGGAAUGGAAUGGCAAAUGGUGGAUUGCCAGGGUAGUACAAGUUGAUGCAAGUUUAGUGCAAAUGCAUUUUGAUGCUGAUGGAAGAACUGAGUGGAUUUACAGAGGAUCUGCCAGAUUAGGACCUCUGUAUCUUGAACUCUUAAAGGCUAAUGCUAGACAGCAAGGGCAUCAUGCUUCCGUUAACACACCAACUCGACAUAGACUUCCUUCUAUCACUAGUAAAAACAAUUUACCUUAUGUAGAAUAUACGUCUAAUGUAGAACCUGAAGAAGAUAGAAUUACUCAAAUAGAAAAAGCUCCAAGUCCUGUGGUCAGUGAAAUCACAACUGUGACUACACCCACUGCUCCACAACAGGCGCGAGCUGUUGCCAGAAAGAGCACCGCUAAAAAACAAACCAUUGUUGAUACAAAUACGUAUACUCCUACUACCGAAACGAAACCCUCACAUAGUAUAGUUUAUUAUCAAACACAAAAUAAGAUUCAAACAAAGAAAUUUGUUCCACAUAAGUGUGGUCCACAAUGUGUUCAGGGUAUAUCCUUUACACCUGACGAUUUAAGAGGCUAUUCACCUCUUUCAAUACCGUUGCUCUGCGGUUGGAAUCGUCAACUUUGUAAAUAUCCGAAAGGUAAAAAGAUCACAUUAUAUCAAGCUCCAUGUGGCGUCAGAUUACGGAAUAUGGAAGAGUUACAUCAAUAUCUCCGCAAAACGGGUAGUCCAAUGUCUGUUGAUCUAUUUGAUUUUGACUAUUGGGUACAUUGUCUAGCAGAAUUUGUUUUAGACAAAUGUUUUAUUAAUAUAAAAGAUCUCAGUUAUGGAGUAGAAAAUGUACCAAUACCAUGUGUCAAUGAAUUAGACCACACUCAACCAGAUACUAUUCGUUAUAGUACUCAAAGAGAACCCACAGAAGGUGUCAAUCUUAACUUAGAUCCAAAUUUUCUAUGCAGCUGUGAUUGUGAAGAUGAUUGUCAAGAUAAGACAAAGUGUCAGUGCUGGCAAUUAACAAUACAAGGUGCAACUCUUGGAGGGAGAGUUCCAAAUACAUCUGUUGGUUAUGUGUAUAAACGUCUUCCAGAACCAGUGACUACUGGGAUCUACGAGUGUAACUCAAGAUGUAAAUGUGCUGUAAAAACUUGUCUGAAUAGGGUAGUGCAACAUCCUUUAACAUUGAAAUUACAAGUAUUCAAAACAGCUCCUCGGGGUUGGGGCAUUAGAUGCCUAAAUGAUAUUCCUUUGGGAUCUUUUAUUUGUAUUUAUGCUGGAAGAUUGCUUACGGAACAGGGGGCCAAUGAAGGCGGUAAAAAUUAUGGGGACGAAUAUUUAGCAGAAUUAGAUUACGUUGAAGUAGUUGAAGGAAUUAAAGAAGGUUAUGAAAGCGAUGUUCUUGAGCCAGAGAUGCCAUUAUCUGCUCCAGAUGAUAAAAAGAAGUCUAUAACAAGCGACGAUGAAGAUUAUGGAAGAUCAAAUACAAAUGAUUCGGACGAAGACUUUGACAUUAGUAAAUAUGCGAACUUUAAUGUAGAUUCAUCAGGUGCUUCAUCAAUCAGGAAACGACUUAGGAAACGAAAGCGAGGAGAGACCAAUAUUCAGGAUGGAUCUGAAGAGAACAGUGAAGAUGGAAUUAAUAAUAAAAAUUCUGAUGUUCUAUCAAAAUCAUCAGCGAGUGAAAACCAAGAGGCGAUCACAAUAAGCGAUGAAGAAGAGAACAGAAGUGGUAGACGUGAGCCAAGUCGAUUUGAUCCUACAGUUGAGCCAGCGCAAUUAGAAAGGCCUAAAUUUAAAUCAGUGAGAGAUUUCUUCGGAGAGGAAGAGGCUGUUUAUAUAAUGGAUGCUAAAACGACGGGAAAUAUUGGACGUUACUUAAAUCAUUCUUGCGAUCCCAAUGUCUUUGUUCAAAACGUAUUUGUUGAUACACACGAUGUCAGAUUUCCGUGGGUAGCAUUUUUUGCUUUAAAUUACAUAAGGGCAGGUCAAGAAUUAACGUGGAACUAUAGCUACGACGUCGGAAGUAUACCGGGUAAAGUUAUCAUAUGUAAGUGUGGGGCAUCUAAUUGUAGAGGGCGACUUUUGUAAUGUAUGCAAUAUUUGAUAAUAGGAAGAAAAAAGUUUAAAAUUUUUCAUCUGGAUUUAUUUAAAUUUUUUUCUUCGUUUUUUUCUAUUAUUUAAGUUAUGUAUUUACAGUAUUCAGUUGUACAGAAGAUUAAAUGAACAAUAAAGUUGUGAGUAGAAAAUAUA